AGGCGGCCCUGCUCCCGCUCCUCCUCUCCUCUUGUGGUUGGUCGUCGCUUUCCCGCUUCGCUCUUACACCGCCAUUUUAAAUAAAAAAUAAAUAAGGUCGGCGCCGUCCAGCAGUUCUCCCGCGGGCACCGCGUCUGGACUCGGUUUACCGGAGCCGCACGUAGCUCGGGCUUAAGCCUCAGGACUGGCGGGAUAUUCCAGGGGUGUGUGGUCAUCUUCGCGCUGCGCCGUCGGCCCGAGCACAGGGUGAGUGCCCGGGACAUUGGUGCCGCCAGUACGGUAAAAAUGUCUUCAGCUGGUACAUCAGACACUCUGAAGGAGGAAUCCGAGACUGUGGAGCAGGCCGAAGAAGAGAACGUGAAAGAUGAAACUGCAAAUGGAAGCGAGGGAGGAGAAGAUGAUGAGGAGGAAGACGACGAUGAAGAGGAUGACGAUGAGAAAAAAGAAAAGAGCCUUAUUGUAGAGGGGAAAAGGGAAAAGAAGAAGGUGGAGAGAUUGUGCCUCGAGAUGUCCGUUGUGAAAAAAGAACCGGUCUUAACUGAAGGAAAGGGGGAAAAACUGUGUGAUAUUGAAAGAGUACAGUACUUUUUAAAGAAAAAGAAAUGUGAACAAUUGAGGCUGUUACAUCGACUGCUGUUCAGUCGUCCGGGCACAGUGAACAUGAUAAAGAAAAACAUUGGUCAGUUUAAUGGCUUUCCGUUUGAGAAAGGCAGUGACCAGUACAAAAAGAAGGAGGACAUGCUUAAGAAGUUUAAGAAAGAUGACUUGAAAAAUAUCUGUGGUGUUCUUGAUCUGGAAAAAUCUGGUGUGAACAGCGAAUUGAUUUCUAGAAUUAUGAUGUUUCUGAUGGAACCAAAGUCUACAGGAAAACCUUUGCCAAAAUCCAAAUCAAAGCCUCCGAAAGGUGGUAAAAAGGAACGUAGCAGCUCUGGAUCUGCUCGAAAAUCAAAGUCUCGUAAAUCCAAUGUAAUUUUGACUGAUGAGUCUAGUAGUGAGGAGGAGAAAAAGGAUAAGGAGGAGUCUUCAGCUGAUGAAAAAGAAAGCGAGGAGGAGGUAGAAGAUGAAGAACAGGAGGAUGAGGAUGAAGAGCCUCCAAAAAAAGUUGCCAAGAAGGAGAAAGCCAGACCCAAAGCGGCAUCCAAGGGUAAGAAAGCUGCCAAGUCUUCAAACGUAAAAAAAGCAGACAGCAGUACUACUAAGAGUACCAGUAGUUCAAAGAAAGAGAAGCCAGUUCAAUCAGAGAGUGAAGAUGACAGUUCGGAUGAUGAACCACUGAUCAAAAAGGUGAAUAAACCACCUACUGAUGACGACCUACGUGAAACCAUAAAGAAGCUUUUGGCUGAAGCAGAUCUGGAAGAAGUCACAAUGAAACAAAUUUGCAAAAAGGUGAAUGAAAGCUAUCCGAACUGUGACUUGUUCUCAAGAAAGAAGUUCAUUAAAACCACAGUUAAAGAAUUAAUCUCCUGAUGUGGUAAAUUACAAUUUUAUUCAUGGAGAACACAUGGACUGUUGGGAAAUUCUUAUUUGGAUCACAUGCUUCAAGAAAUCAGACACCAGCAAAAAUGUGUUGUUUUUACCACUUUGGGUACAGUGUAUUUUAAGCAGACUUUGCUGUUUUGAUUUGAAAUGUUUGUAAAUUGUUUAAUUAAAACUUUUUUACCAUA